AAGGUAAUAUUCAGCAUGAUGAAGAUCCUUGUUGGAAUUUUGGUCUUUGUACUGGCGACUUUCCUGAAUUCUGUUGAGUUAGGUACACCGCUGGGAACAGGUUUUGCCUUAAGGUCGGGUUCUGCACCCAAACCGGUUUCCGGUCCGGGUCCAUCCGGAAGAAUGCAGCCCGGUAGAGGUGGACGACGUGAAAGAAUUCAGAGCGGAAGGAUCACCCAACCAGCUGAACCAUCAGCCACAGCAGCAGCACAACCUAAUCCCAGACAUACUUUCGUAGAGACAUUUCUAGAAAAUACUUACAUCGAAGACCCUCAGCGUGGCUUUAUUAGUCUCGAAGAAGCAAAAGCACAAGGUCUAAAACUAAGAUUAUUACACUGCGAUAACUUAAUACUUGGAAUAAUCGAGGGUGAAGACAUUGUUCCAUUAUUCAAUAAAGAACACAAGAUCAUCAGAAUAGACCGUCAACAAAAUUACCUGCAAAUUCCUAUGGGUAAGACUGUAGCUCGGGGAUGGGGUGUGUUUGGAACAUACGCUGAUUUCUCUUGUACAAGCAGCGGUGUAGGAAGCGGUCAGCAUACAUUUCCACUUUUCAAGAGAAGCACCGCAGAAGCAGAUGAUUCGAGUAAGGCAAGUUUUAGAGCACAUGAUGAACAUGAACAUGAUGAUGACGAUGAUGAUGAUGAAGAUUUAGGCAGUAAAUCUACUGACUCUGACAAUGAUAAUGAAAGAUAA